GGCCGCGGGUGCAGCUGGAUGUGUACGAGAAGGACAGCGUGGGUGGGCGGCUGGCCACCAUCACGGUCAACAAGCAGCAGUACGAGUCCGGCGGCGCCUCCGUUCACUCCCUCAACCUCCACAUGCAGGACUUCGUCAAGCUGCUGGGCCUCAAGCACCGGAGGGAGGUGGCAGGGAAGAGUGCCAUUUUCGGCGGGGAGCAUUUUGUCCUGGAGGAGACGGACUGGUACUUGCUGAACCUCUUCCGGCUCUGGUGGCAUUACGGGAUCAGCUUCCUGCGCCUGCAGAUGUGGGUGGAGGAGGUGAUGGAGAAGUUUAUGAGGAUCUACAAGUACCAGGCACAUGGCUAUGCCUUCUCCAGCCUGGAGGAGCUCCUGCAUUCGCUGGGCGGCGAGGCCUUCAUCAACAUGACACAGCGCUCGGUGGCAGAGUCGCUGCUGGAAGCGGGGGUCACGCAGCGCUUCAUUGAUGACGUCAUCGCUGCUGUCCUACGCUCCAGCUACGGGCAGUCCAUGCUGCUCGUGCCCGCCUUUGCAGGGGCCAUGUCGCUGGCAGGUGCCCAGGGCAACACAUGGGCUGUGGAAGGAGGCAACAAGCUGGUGUGUUCAGGUUUGCUGAAGCUAACAAAAGCCAACGUGGUCCAUGCCAGGGUGACAAAUGUCUCUCUACACAGCGCAGAAGGGAAGCCCCUCUACCAGGUGCGCUACAAGGAUGAGGAGGGCCAGGGCUCAGGCUUCUAUGACAUGGUGGUCAUUGCUGCACCGCUGCACCAUGGCAAGAGCAACCUCACCUUUGAGAACUUCGAUCCGCCCAUCCCUGAGCUCUCGGGCUCUUUCCAGCCCACCGUUACUUCUGUCGUCCACGGCUACCUGAACUCCUCCUAUUUUGGCUUCCCGGACCCCAAGCUCUUCCCAUUCGCCAGCAUCCUCACAACCGACACUCCCAACCUCUUCUUCAAUGCCAUGGACAACAUCUGCCCUGUCAAUAUCUCAAGUAGCUUCCGGCGGAAGCAGCCCCAGGAGCCUGCUGUCUGGCGCGUCCUCUCCCAGCGGCCCCUGGACAAGCAGCAGCUGAAGACCCUCUUCCGCUCCUACUACUCUGUCCAGGUGACGGAGUGGCAGGCAUAUCCCUACUACGACUCCACAAAGACCCUCCCGCCCAUCGUACUCCAUGACAACCUCUUCUACCUCAGCGGUGUGGAGUGGGUGGCCAGCUCCAUGGAAAUGAUCUCCGUGGCAGCCAAAAACGUGGCGCUCCUGGCUUACAACCGCUGGUACCAGGACCUGGAGAAGAUUGACCAGAAGGACUUAAUGCACAAGGUGAAAACAGAGCUGUGACGCAGCUGGGAAGGAGUGUCCCUGUUGGUUUGGCUGUUUGGAGGGUUUUUCAGUGGGGAGACCCAAGGAUUUUAGGCUGGGAGGAGGGGGAGCAGUGGGAGAGCUGGCACUAACAAGCUCUUUGUAUAUGGUUUGCCUUCAGUAACACCAUCCCUGCCUCUUCUUGCAGUGUCAGGUGCCAAGUGCCUGCCACCAGCAUUUAUGCCCAGGUUUCCUCUGCCCCCAGCCAGCCCCACGCAGGGGAGAGAAGAGAACCUAAGCUUGCUACCAGGGAAAUGUCAACCAGAGCCGUUCCAGAGCCCAAGUCGGAGAUGGGGUCUGUGCAAUGGGAAUGAUGGCCAGUGCAGAUCCAUUGUAGGGUGGCUUGUAUGUUGGUGCCUGCAUAUGGGCUCCCAUGAGGCUUUCACAGGGGAGGGUGUCAUGGAAUCUUAAACCUAGAACACAUAGCCAUGGACUGUGGGGGUGACCCAGAGAUGGGCGCUGCUCUUUCACUACUGCAUGCCCUGCUAUGACCACAGCGCUAAUUCUGUAGGCAGCUGCCCCACUCCAGUAUGUUCUGUGCAGGCUUCCCACUGGCCUGCAGCACAGACAGGUGCCCUGGUAUAGCUGGGGUGGGUGGGUGUCCUUGUAAUGCCCAGUCCUCAGGGUUUAGCAGAUGCAUGGAGCAGGAGUGGUUCUCCAGCUGUGAAGUGUCUGUGCUGUGAUUACGCAUGGCUUGUGGCUUUCCCCAGGCAUCUCUGCAGACCCGUUGUCUUUCCUCUAUGAGUGGCAGGGGCUGGUGGGUGAGCUGCCAGCCAGCUGGGGUAGUGUGCAUCCAUUUACCUUCUUGCCUGUAGAUUCAACCUUACCCCCAUUGCCCAAGGCUAAUGUUGAUGGAGGGGAUGGAGAACAGAACAUGACUACAUGCUUAGGAAUAGCUGUAGUUGCUGCUGGCCUUUGUGGCAGGAGGAUGUAUGGAGCUCCCUGAACAAAGGGGAAGCUGCCCUGGCCUAGAGUUUCAUGGGCCCCAUGUGCUCCUGAAAUGGCACGUGCAGUAAUAAGACUGUGCUGUGUUGCUAGCAGCAUAGGCCUUGUACAAACAAAGCCAGAACAGGGCUCUGAGAGCCUGAAAAUCCCAAGGAAGGGGCUUCAGGUAGAAAUCAGACACAUCUCCGUGGUAGAAGAACAUGCACUUCCCACUCCAGGCCCUGCUGCCUGAGCUGCUCGUACCUCUUCUGUCUGCAACAUGAGCAUGUGGAGGAAGAGCUCUGCAUAAAGGUUGGCUUGGCCAAGGAGCAGGGCACCUGCAGAAUGGGACCAGCAGUGUAUUUUAUUGUCAGCAUGAAGGCAUGCCUGGAGUACAGAGGAGAGCAAGCAGACCCCUUCUCUUCUUCCUUCCCCCCAGUGCUUCAGCAGAGCCAAGGACUAGGAACCACUGUGUCACUCCACCCCUCUAAUAAAGCUGCCAAGCUGUGUUUGUGUUUA